AUGUUGACUAUCAGUUUUCUUUUUACGGUGAUUCUAUUCGCCUUCCCUACCAGCGCAAAAUCUUGGACUAUCACUCCAGUAUUUAGCGGAGAGCAGAAAGACACUCAUAGUAUCUCCCAGUAUUCAUCCCUUAAAGAGCCGUCACUAUGGGACUACAACACUCCUACCACCUACUGCAAUAUACAGCAGAAUAAAAGCCCAGUUUAUGAUUGUAGUGGUGGUUCCUGUCCAAGGGGAGCUAGAUCUAAACCGCACAGUUAUGUCCAGAAUACCACUACCAGUUCUACCACCAACGCAACAACCAGGCUAUGCGAUCGCAAGACGGGAGGAGUGAGAGAGAUUGCAAACGUCGUCCUCCGCCUCGUCAUUGGAGCGAUGGUUCUGUAUGGUUUCCUCAUGGUCAUCCCGAUCGUUUCGGUGUUUCUGGUGUACAAACUAUCAAUUUGGUCCGUCCGGUAUCUCUCAUGA